AUGGACAACACAUAUCAACACCAGACUCCGCCAGGAAAGCCACAACACCCGGUCUACAAUGGCACCUAUGAGAACCAGUACUUCGCCAACAGGCCUCCUCCGAGCACCGCGCCUCCUGAAAGCACACAGUGGACACGGUCACAGCAAGACCCCGCAGCUCCUCCGUGGAACAACCCACCGGGAUAUGUCGCUCACCAAAACUACGGACACAAUUCAACUAUAUCGCCUAAUACUGGAGGAGCAGGUUACGGAGGGCCUCAUUUAGCCCUUCCGUAUGGUUUUGACCCAUCCGUCCCUCCGCCUCCCUUCGGCUGUCCUCCUCUGGGAUACUUCCCGACCUCAGUACCCUCCACAAACUCCUUUAACGGCUUCCCGCAGCACAGAGGUGGUCCUCAGCCCCGUCACGAUGAAUUACCGUCGAUGUCAGACUUUGGUGAGAACCGGCAGCAGAAUUAUGAUGAUUUCCGUGAGCCCGGGGCUGUUUACCCUCCUCCUCCAAGUCAGGAUCAUGACCGGAGACCGACAAUAACAUUAUCACAACCCGAUAAUGAAGCCGCCUCUGAGAAGAGGCAGGACAGACAGUGGCUUAAACGGUUCUUACAGAGCCGGUCUAAAGUGCCAAAGAGCCUGCAGACCAAGCACGAGCCGCGGCCACACCACAGCGACGUCCCCGCCAUGAAAGAUGCUCUGUACGGGGCAGCUGAGCUCGUCUUAGCGUUGGAAAAGUCCUGUGAAACUCUGAAAGACAACAUUGAGAAUGAGUCUGUGUGGACGGACACAUAUCAGACUGUUUUAAACACGAAGAGAGACCUCCAGAACAAACUGAAUCUGCUCAGUGACGAAGAGGGUUUAAAGCGGUUAAAGGACAAACUCAGCCGUGCAGAGAAGAGGAGAGCCCGGAGACGCAGGGCCAACAUUCUGCUCCGGCAGCUCGUGAAACAGAGACAGGAAGACAUGGCUGAGAAAGAAGCUGCUAUAGACGCAUGGAGGAUGAAGAAGAUACGGGAGGUGGAGGAGAAGAAGAAGGAGCAAGAGCUGAAGCUGGCUGCAGACUCGGUCCUUUGCGAGGUGAGGAAGAAACAGUCGGAUGUGAAGAGGAUGCAGGACAUUCUGAGAUCCCUGGAGAAACUGCGUAAGCUGAGGAAGGAGGCAGCGUCCAGGAAAGGUAUUGUCACAGAGCCGGAAUGUGACCAAGCUUUUAGCGAUCGACUAGAGAGCCUGAGGACUGUGAUCCAGAGGAGGACAACUAUUUACGCAGUAGAGGAGAAAGCUCUGAUGGUGAUGCUAGAAGGAGAACAGGAGGAGGAACGGAGGAGAGAGCAGGAGAGACGGACCAAAAAGGAAAGAGACCGACAGCUGCAGAGGAAACGCAGAAUAGAUGCCAUGUUGUUUGGAGAUGAAAUUCCUGUUGAUUCUUUCUUGCGGCCAUUUACAGAAUACUACACCCAGGCUCAGCACUCAAUGCACGCUUUAAUACAAAUCAGGAGCGAUUGGGAUGCAUUUCUGGUUUCAGCAGAUCAUCCUGAUGGUUCUACGGUUCCUCAGAGCUGGAUCAUCCCAGACCACCCUUCAGACCAGAAUUGGGCCACUGCUCUACAAACUGCUGACAGUGACUGACACAAGGCACCAACACACUGUAUUUACUGUGAAGUAAAGACUGAGCUACAGCUCUCAGCCAUGAAUAAAACCCCUGCUGUCUGUGUGUGGAUGAAGAAAAGUUAUUUAUUAGUUAAAUAUUCUCUCAUGCAUAAUAAAACCCACUCACGUGUACAGUAUAUAUUACGAAGAGUAUUUUUUGUUUGUUUUUUUACCUCAGGUAUAAUAUGUUGUUUUGUUUAAAAAAACAAAAUAAAGACAUGCAUUCAUCUACCCA